ACAAUUUGGUCAAUUUAUCCUAAAAUUAAUAUCAUUUUUUUUUUCGCGGGAGCUAACUAACUUGGGAGCGAUCCAUCCAGUUUCCGGCCACGUUAGCUCGUCGCGGCUGAAAAACGCACAUUCGUUCACAUUGAACGAAAGUGACGACCUCUAAAAUUUCCACUGCAAAUUUCUUCCUCUUCACCCAUCUCUUGACUCUUGAUCAUGUUCGCUGAUUUUUAACCGCAGAUUCAAUCAAACAGUUCAGAAAAUUCUAGGUUUGACGAAGCUUCCGUGACUUAGAUUUGUUAUAUAAUCUUCCCUUCUGUGAACAAUGCAACCUGCAAUCCAUGUCGAAUUGAAGCGAGGCAGCCAUGGCCGUUUCCAGGAAGAGUCUGCUGAUAUCCUUGGCGAUUCUCGUGGCCGCUCAUUCAAUCGAGGCGUUAAACCCUAACGUGACUCGUAUCCAGUUCUAUAUGCACGAUAUUGUUAGUGGUCCGAACGCCACCGCCGUUCAAGUCGCCGGAAGGCGAACGAACUACACGGGUUCGGAUCCGAUUGCUGCAAUGUUUGGGUCCGUUUUCAUGAUGGACAACCCGCUCACUGCCACGCCGGAGUUGAACUCGACGUUGAUUGGGCGUGCUCAGGGGAUUUAUGCAAUGUCGUCUCAGCAAAAUGAGUUCAGCCUUUUGAUGACGCUAACCUUCGCGAUUACCGGCGGAACCUACAACGGUAGCUCGUUCAGCGUAGUUGGGCGGAAUCCGAUCAUGAGCGAAGUCCGGGAAAUGCCGGUCGUCGGAGGGACGGGAGCUUUCCGGCUGGCUCGUGGGUAUUGCUUAGCUAGGACAUUCUCGUUCAGAGAAAUGGAUGCUGUGAUAGGCUACAACGUAACAUUGAUUCACGAUCUGUACGACUACUCCGGUUGAACACGGUUCGGGAUUCUAGUUGUUCCGACGAGUUUUACAACUUUUGUACUGAAUAAAAUUUCGUAGUCUCGGACAUUUACAUUCAAAUUUCAUAAUCUUCAAGUUCAUUCGAUGAGAAUCAUAUAAUUCAUCGUAUUAAA